AUGUCGAAUCUGGCUGCAUUGAAAACCGAAUUACUGAAGCCAAGUGUACUGAAAGAAGGUCACCUUAUAAAAAUCGGUCGCAAAUUGAAGCUUCCGAAGUUGCUUUAUUAUGUUCUAAAGCCGUGCGGGGUUUAUUGCUACGAUACACAAGAUCAUGACAUACCGCAGGGGUAUAUACCAUUAGAGCCUAUCGAAGAUAUAUCCCUUUCUCUUGGGACAGUUGUCGAAGCUAGUAUACGUUUACAUUGCUUAAAGAUUGCGGAUAAACGAAAACAGCACAUACUCGCUUGCCAUUCUAUGGAGAUACGGAAUUCAUGGAUUACUGCCAUACUAACAGCGGUCGCGCAAAAUUUGGUCCACGAAAAUCACUCCGAAUUGAGAAAGAGAAUGGACUCGUCCAAUUCGGAUGAAUUUGACACCGUAUUUUGUGAGACGUCGUACCAAUUUACGUCGCCGUUCUGGGUGAACGGUGAACCCAAACGUAAAGCGAAGGCGAAGAGGUUAUCAAUGGCGGAUAUAGGAAAUACAAUUAUACAGAAACCUGCUUGGAUGACAAAAGGCAAGAAGAAAGAGCUGCGGUCGAAAUCGCUGUCCUGUGAGGAUAUUCAUAGCAUAUACACCGUAGCCGAAGCCAAGGCUCCUUUGGCGAGGAAGCGUUCGUUACAUGACCUGAGUCGAUAUUUAUUCGGCUCAAGCUCGAAUAAAUCAGACAGUGCAGAGACGGAUUGUGCUGCAAAGCUACGCGAUGUUCGAAGCAAGCCGAACGGGGGCAAGAAGCGCUGGUCCCUAUUUGCAGGCGUGUCUUCUUUUGGGGGAAGUCAGACUUGUAUCGCUAAUUCUGUAACAGAACGUAAGAAAAUUUGCACUGCCAAUGGCCACGGGAGAAGCGGAAGUCCCUUGAUUUUCGACACAAAAUUAUAG